UCUGUCUGUCUGUCUGUCUGUCUGUCUCUCUCUCUCUCUCUCUCUCUCUCUCUCUCUCUCUCUCUCUCUGCUAAAAGAGAGGCGUUUCCUCUCCCAUGCACCGGGGUACCGCAUAGCCGUCUAACACAAAAGGCGCGAGCUGCCGCCGGACCGAGAGGGAGGUUCACCAGGCACGCGCGCUCACCUCAGCGGCCGCAUUUCUUUUCUGUCUAAAGAGCGCGAGCGCAGGUGCGAACCCGGAUCCGAACCCGGAUCCUUUUUUUCUCCACUCUUUCAUGGACUUUAUAUUUUUUACAUAUAUAUAUAUAUAUAUAAUUGUGCAUAAACUGCACAUAUAACUGCACGCGAAACCGGGUCUGGAGAUCUCGAGGCCACUACAGAGAGGAACGUGUGAUUUGGGACGCGGCCGCAUGCAGGGGUCGGUUGUCAUGGUGACCGGGACUAUAGGCCUAAGAAUAGAGGAGUAUCUGGCAGUUUUGUCCUGGGGAGGCUUUUAAUAACACACACACACACACACACACACACACGCACACACACACACACACACACACACACACACACACACACACACACACACACACACACACACACACACACACACACACACACACACACACACACACACACAGUCACACAGCUGUUGAUAGAGCAGCUCUCUCACAGUGGCCAUGGCACAGAGCUGCUGUGACGCCGUUGGUCUGUACCCUCGAAACACUAUCCCAUAAUAUAACCCUUAUUGCCAAGGCGGCCCACCCUGCCACCCUAAAACUGCAGAUGUGACAAGUGUUGUGUGUUUUGUGUGUGUGUCUGUGCGUGUAUGUGUGUGUAUUUGUGGAAGCUAAAGAAUAAAUCUGUUAGACACUCAGUAAAGUGAUGAUGUAUUUUAUAUUAAAUAAAAUCCUUAAAAAACUUUAAUAUUUUAAUGUAAUCUUGUUCAUCUUUUUUAUGUUAACAACCUGUAAAAGACCUGUCUUUAGUCGUCCUUCAGUAAUUAACCACCAUAUCUGAGGAAAGUGAUUUGUUAUUCCCAGAAGUGCUAAGCAGAAAACCCCAUCAUGAACACAGGUAGAGGAAGUCAUUCAUCAGACUCAGAUGCCUGGCAGUCUCGCAGUGUGGCAGAUGGAUUAAGGAAUGGUGAUGUGAGCUCAACUCUGACAGCUAAAGGUUACCGGAGUGUUUGUCCCAUCAUGCAGGACAAGAACAGUCCCUUCCUGGUCCCGCUCCCGCCUCCUCGGAGAGAGAGCUGUCACAUGACACCUAACCCUCCGCCUUAUAGCUCCAUUGUUCCCUCCGGUUCUUACACCCUCAAAUCCAGCUCCUCCUCCUGCCACUUAUAUUCUGAGACUACUUGCAAUACUACCACCAGCUCAGAUGUCACCCCGGAGGCAAACGCUAAUGCUAAUAGCUUUAUUAGCCAGAUCCUGGAGCGCAAGGUGUCAUCUCUCAAACUUGCUAAUGAAGGAUCCAACGCUGCUACAGCUACAACUAGUGCAGAUGUAACCAACAAUACUAACAUAAAUCAAUCUUGGGCUAAUACUAACAUGGCAAUGGUCAUGAACCCUGGUUCACGUGAUAGUCCACCAUCCCCACCACCACGUACACACUCCAAAUUCCCUCCUACAACACACACAGCCUCUCUCUCCAUUCAGGUAUCUCCUAAAAGUUUAAAAUAUCAUCCUGAAUCUGGACUCCAAUCGGGAUCUGGAUCUGAAAGGCAGGAUCCUGUUGAGCCAAGCCCCAAAGUGCCACCCAGACCAGCGCUCAGUGUGGUGCGGGACGUAUCCCCACCAAGAGGUACUACCGACUUUCGUUCCGGGGCAUCCUACAGCUGCACGAGUCAGGACUCGCCUGACUUCCUGUCUGGGCAGAAUGCUUCGUCACGGUCUCUUUCAGCCCUGAGUCACUAUUCAUCAUCAACAGCCGUCCUCGAAGAACUACAGAUCUGUGCUGUGGACUCACGCGAGGCCACACCCACUCCUUCCCCCACACUCAGCCAUGCUUCUGUUCCCCUUGAUGAUGUCCCUGCACCCACUGCCUCAGCAACGGCUGCUGAUACUAACGGUCAGAUGGCAGUAAAUGGAAGUGUGCACUCUCAGAGGCCAUUCUCUCCUCCAGCACAACGUCCUCCUCCACCAGUCUUUAGUCCCGGACUCGAGCAAAUCCAUCAAACAAGACACUCGGAAGGUUCAGAGUCAGUACAGAGGGAGUCUGUGUCAGUGGGUGAGAUGUCAUUCAGAAGCAUGACUCCUGUGGCUCGUUUCUCAGAGGAGGAAAAGAAAGUUUCUGUGAUCAAGGCGCCUCAUUACGAGGGCAUCGGGCCUGUGGACGAGUCGGGCCUCCCACUCGCUAUCCGAACGACCGUAGACAGGCCUAAGGACUGGUACAAGACUAUGUUUAAGCAAAUCCAUAUGGUGCAUAAACCAGAUGAUGACUAUGCAGAGACAUACGGUGCUACCUACGCCUUUGUGAAUAAUGAGAACUUCAACCCCGUCCAUGCCCACCCUCCACCUCGGACCCACACGUACCGACCUCUGUCCCGAAACUCUAACGAGCCCAGCAAAGCUCCACCCCCUCGAGAGUUGAGCCCCGUCCCACCCCCACCCCCUCCAAUGCCUUCGCUCCUGCAGCUCCGCUCACGAGACUUCGACCGUGAGAAAGAUCUCCCACAUGAUCCAAAUGAAUGGAGUCCCCCUGAUCGUAAAGUGGACACACGACGGUAUCGUGCUGAGCCACGUAGCAUCUUUGAGUAUGAACCAGGCAAAUCCUCCAUCCUGGAGCAUGAGAGACAGAGUUUUCAUUUAGAAGCAGAUGAGAUAGAUUUAGAGAACGAGCCUUGGUUUAAGUUCUUUUCAGAGCUGGAGUUUGGCCGGCCGCCUCCUAAAAAGAGGCUGGAUUACACACCUGACUGCUCCACGCACUCCCGAGCCCAGACAUCUCUCAAUCUUUCAUCUUCCGAGCGGACUGAGAGCUCCUCCGGUGACUAUAGGAAGCGACGAAAGUCUGAGCCAUUUGUCACUCAGCAGAACACAGGAAAUGAGCAGAAUGCUAGUCCAAACUCAAGACUUGAGCCCCACAAAUCCAACAGUUUAAAGAAGCCUGCUGUACGUUCCUCGCCUUCUUCUCCAGCAAAAGUAAAAGCUGGAGGCACUUGUGAGUCUCUCUCUCCAUCAGUGAGCCCCCCCCCAGGUAUGGAGCACGUCUCCUCCCACCUUUCCUCUGACACCCUUUCACUUUCCACAUCCACCCUGCGCAGCUCCAAGCAAUCUAUCAGCUUCAAGAAUGGCUGGCAGGUGUGCCAGAAGGACAGUGCUGAAACUUGGAGCAGUGUGGAGGAUGAGGAAGCAGGUGCUUCCUCUCCUCACCUCAAGUCUCGCAGCUGCGAUGACUUACUCUCAGACGGUAAUGUCAGAAUGAACGGCAAUCGCUCAGAAAGUGUCGGAUCGCUGCUUGGUGAAGGCGGAACACGUCAACCGCAGACACAAGCAAAAAGUCUUAAUUCGUCCCCUAGAGCACGUCGACAUCAUCGGCGCAAAAUGGCCCACGAUACACCCGGAUUCCUGCAGCUUUACAAGACGAUGCAUCACAUUGACCGUGCACAGCUCCUGCCCUCGGAAGUGAUCUGUUCUGUCCGUGCUCGUAUCCUGGAACUCGAGCGACAGCAGCAACAGCAGCGGAAGAACCUCCAUUCAUGGGCAUCAUCUGGACAGGAAGUACCACAGAGCAUGGUGCCAAAUCGGAUUUCAGAGUACGAGCAGCUAAUCCAAAAGUCCAAGUCCAUGCCAGACCUUGGUGACGAUAACACUCCAUCAGGUACCACCACGCCAGGGUCUUCACGAGCCAGCAGUUGCCCGAAGCGCCGAUUUUCGGUGGAGUCGCUCCUGGAGGAGGAAGACCCUCCAGAAAGGGCAAGAAGUCCCCCAGAAGGUCAACCACGGCCAGGUCCAGAAGAUCACAGCCUUGUUCCAUUGGUCAGGCAGAACCAACACCAGCAGCAGGACUACUCAGACAGUGAGCAGGAUGCUUGUGCCUCUGAAUUGAGUGAUUUCAUUCAGAUAGAAGGAUCUUCCUUCUGCAGUGAGAGUGACUUGGACCACUGCUCACUAGCAUCUUCUGAGAGCUUCUGUGGAUCUGGACACCAUCACCACCACCACCUUCACCACCACCAUCACCAUGGACGACGUCACCACAGCAGCCACCAUCACCAUCUGCACCAGAGUCUGGGCCAGAGUCAAGGUUACCACCAUCGCCACCUUAUCAGCUCCUGUAAGGGGCGUUGCCCAGCUUCCUACACACGCUUCACCACUAUGAUUAAGCAUGAAAGAGCACAGCAAGAGGGUCGCACCACCAUCACACCUCCAUUGGCUCAGCAAUCACCCAGCGAAUCAGGCCUUUCCAAAUUGGCCUUCCUGGUCAGCCCGGUGCCUUUCCGCAAGAAGCGGGAUUCCUCACCAACCCAGCGGCGCCAUAGUCGCUCGGGUCACCCCAAAUCAAAAGCAGCCAUGUAUGAGGCAUUAGAUGUUGCCCUACAGGACAUUUAUGACCACUUAAGGGCUGAGAAAGGGCUGGGAGCUGCUCGGUUGCCAGAUGAUAGCAUCUUACGCCGGCUACUGCACGAGUUGCUCCCAGAAGUUCCCGAAAGGAGCUCGUCACUGCGGGGUCGUCGGGGGGUUUACUCCCCUUCUUCCUCCCACCACUACCAGCCUUACCACAGUGCCUCCUAUCAGCAGCCACACCACACAGAUGCCUCCAACAACAACAACCAGCACACUAACACUAGCUCUAAUGCACACUAUUAUUCAGAUCAGGGCUCUGAUGCUGGACACCUCACACCUCAGAACAGAAGACCUACUCCAGAUCGCGAGGUGUCCUCUAAGCAGAUGACAUAUCUCAUAUUGUCUUCUCUUCUCUAUCAGAGACAGUCUGCCAGGGCUAUUUAUGACUUCAAAGCUCAGACCAGCAAAGAGCUCUCCUUUAAGAAGGGUGAUGCGAUCAACAUUAUCAGACAGAUUGACAGCAACUGGUAUGAAGGAGAGCACAGAGGAUGCAUCGGGAUAUUCCCUAUUUCUUACGUGGAGAAGGUUGUGUCUCCAGAGAGGAAGCACCCAGUGCGUCCUCCUCCACCGGCCCAGCUCCGGGAGAUGGGAGAGGCCGUGGCUCGCUACAACUUCAACGCCGAUACUAACGUGGAGCUUUCGCUCAGGAAGGGGGAGAGAGUGAUCUUGCUGAGGAAAGUUGAUAAGAAUUGGUAUGAAGGGAGGAUCCCUGGCUCCAAUAAGCAGGGGAUUUUCCCAGUGUCAUACGUCGAUGUCAUCAAAGCAUCCCCUUCUAAAAGUCCUGGUCACCAUGUCGACACCUACAGGAUGCAGAAGCCCCAUCCUGCUUCGCUUGGUUCUGCCCCUUAUCCCCAUCUUCAAGAGGUCACCAGUGAAUGGCUAUCACUCACUCUGGGAGUCACAGCAUUUCCUCCUUCUCCCUGUAGAACUCCAGUCCCGCCCACUCCACCACCUCUUCCUAGCAUCACCCAGUAUCCAAGUAGCCACUUACUUAGCAGCCCACUGCUCAGUCAAGCAUCACCUGCAUUUCAACCAUUUUCUACGAUCUCAAAUUCAACUCCGCCUCCUCCUCUUGUUGCACCACCUUUUCUAUCCAACCCUGCCUCUCUUGUAACAGACCAAUUAUUUAACAGCAGAAAUCAUUAUCCAGCUAACCAAAUAAUACAGAUAGGUGAGAUUUCAGAUCAGAAUCGAGAGAUGUACAUCAAAGAACCAAAGACACCCGGACAUAAAACACUGAUCGCAGAAAAGCAUCAAAGCUGUGACCUAGCACAGUUCAUAACCGAUCCAAGCCGCUAUGACAAACUUAUGACGAUGUUAUCACAGGAGGAAAGUUGGGAACUUUGCACACCAUUGGCUGAUGAGUCCGACCAAAGCCAUGUAAUAGCAUCACCUGACAGGUUAACACUAAACAAGUCAAUGAGUCUGAACAGCCGAUCAGAAACACCACCUGAUGAUGUGGGGUUAUACCCAGACCCUCCCAGCUCAGUGACAGACAGCUUUGGGGUGGGGCUUCUUGAGUUGUACAUACAAGAAGAGGGCGAAGAGAGAAUCAUUUCUUCUGUUUUCAAUAUAAACAAUGCUUCAAUACAAGAGGCCAAUCUCUCUCCUCUUCUCAGGCCUCUUCUCUCAAAGCCUGAUCGCUCAACAUCAACUCCUCCUCCUCAUGUGUCUUCCCCUAUUUCCUCCACAUGCAGUUCAUCCCUCCAUCUUUCUCCUCCCUCAUCUCCUGGCCCCUUGUCCUUUACCCAAUCUCCCACAUUCUCCCCUCUACCCUUCUCCUUGUCUCCUGCCCCUUCUGAAAAGAAGCCCUGCUCAUCUUGUUUCUCCCCUCCUCCCUUUUUUUUAACCUCCCUUCCCACGUCACCUUAUCCUCCUUUUUCUUCAUCUUGUAUACCCCCUCAGCCUACAAUUUCUUCCUCUCCCACCUUUUCACCUCCUGCCCGCUCUCUGUCUCCUCCCAUCCCUUCCUCUCAACCUCCAUUUUACCCAUCACGGCAACCUCUCCUGCCCACUAUACCUGCCUCUCCACCAUCUUCUCCAGUCCCUCCCUCAGACCCAACCACAUGUCCCACAACCCCCCUCUCUUUUCCAGUCCCUCCCAUAGAGUGUACCACAUCUCCCACAAAUCCUCUUGCCUCUCUAGUCUCUCCCACAAAGUGUACAACAUCUCCCACAAUCCCUGUCUCCUGUCCAAUCCCUAGCUCAGAGCGUGUCACAUCUCCCACAAUCCCCCUCUCCUGUCCAGUCCCUCGCUCACAGCCAACCACAUCUCCCACAAUCCUCCAGUCCCCUCCAGUCCCUCCCUCACAGCCAACCACAUCUCCCACAAUCCCCCAGUACCCUCCAGUCCCUCCCUCAGAGCCAACCACAUCUGUAAUGAUUCCCCAGUCCCCUCCCAGCUCUCCUCCUCUCCUCCCCGUCUUUACUCCUUAUUCCAGCUGUGCGUCUCCUCCACCUCCUCCUGUCCUCUCUUCCACUCAGUCCUGCGGUGUCCCCUUGUCCCGCACUCCUCUAUUUUCUCCUCCUAUCUCCACUCCUCUGCUGUCCCCUCGGUCACAGCUGCAUUCUCCUCACAUCAAGAGGAUGAUGCAGGAUUCACUCCACGGGCCCAGAGAGCCGUUCCAGGCCGUGUAUAACUAUGUGCCCCGGAACGAGGAUGAGCUGGAGCUGCGAGAGGGGGAUGUGGUCGACGUGGUGGAGAAGUGUGAUGACGGCUGGUUCGUAGGAACGUCUCGGAGGACCCGGCUGUUCGGAACAUUCCCAGGAAACUACGUUAAGACUCUUUAAUGAAGAUCUACGGCACAAGAAUUGAGGCCCAGUGUGGAACCUCGACCGUGUGUGUGUGUGUGUGUGUGUGUGUGUGUGUGUGUGUGUGUGUGUGUGUGUGUGUGUGUGUGUGUGUGUGUGCAUCUUCUCAUGCAAAAAACAGUUUUAGCGCUCACUAGCCAUCCCUCACAUUUCUUUUCUCCUCCUCUGAAGUUUUCCAUCCUAAAUGAGGAACUCAGCAGUCUUUUCCUGCUCCAUAAAAAUAUUCACCUUAUUUAUUAGCUAUAAUAUUUUACAAUAAGCAAUAGUUUUAGUUUUUUUGGUGGGCAGAGAGUAUGAUAAGGAGAGAAGCACUGAGACGUUAUUGGUGGAGAAAAACGAUUGACAGCUGAUCCUUAGUCAUCGUUUAAAUCUUAGAGAUUGAUCCAUAUGAAACUGAAAUCUGUCACAGGUCAUCGAUAUCACACAGGUUUCUUGUGGGCGUGGCCACUGACAAAAAAAUUAUCUACAGUAUAACAUAUACUGCAUGCUCACAGUUAGGCCAUGUCUCUGUAUUUGUAUCAUUUAGAUUGUAUAUGUAAUGAAUCACAGCAGAGUUUCAGAAAUUUGGUCAGUUUCUGCUGAGUAAAUAGUGUACAAUAGAGUGAUUUCGCACAUAGCGGAAAUCUUUUUUUUUUUUUUUUACAUUUUUUCCCUCCAAACCACAAGAGCAGUCUGCUUUUUUGUCAUCUCCAAUCAGCAACAAAAAAAGCAAGUGAACAUGAAGUGAUUUACAACAUAAAUAGAAAAUAUUCAAAAGUUAAAAAUAAUGUUUAGACAUUUUAUCUUCAAACCCAAACCAUUUCCCCAUCUCCAGACUCACAUGAAUAUUUAUUUCAUCUGUAUUACUGAUAACAAUAAAUCAGCUAGGCUGUUAGCCAAGACAAGAUGGGGGGGGUCGUUUGCUAUGGUUACAGUGUGCACAAAUUGCCUCAAAACAUGUCUCAGCGCUCAUCCUGCGGAGACGCCGUCCACUGUUUGAUUUGCCCUGUUUUGUUUUUUUGUCCUUUUGUAAUUCUUUUUGAAACUAUAUUGAACAAAAUAUUAAGCAAUUCUAACAGUGCCACCUGCAGUACUGGAGCACUCGCAUGCGACGUGGAGGAUGUGACGGUGUUUGUCUCAUGACGUUGUCUCCGCAGUAAUCACGCUGAGGUGUUCAGUGGACGUGGAUUUUUUUUUUUCAACUCAGGAGUGAACGAUGUUAUUAGUGUACAAGCAAUAACUUUUCUUUCCAUCCAUCGAUCAGCCAAAAAUAUGCUGGUGAAGUAUUUCCUUUCCUACAAGUUAUGAUGAUGAUGAUGAUGAAUUUCUGUCUGUGUCUCUUGUAUGUUUUUAUGUUUAAAGACUUUUACACAUUGCCUGUUUAAAAAGAUGUUAAAGGUAUAAAACAGUUGGAUCUUCUGCAUUAUGAGAAAUCGUAUGGAAUGAAGUUCGUGCCACUUUUCACUUUUUUUUCUCUUUGUAAGAACACAACCGAACAGGAGGUUUUGACAGUUUUAUGAUAUUUUAUAUUAUUCCUGUUUUCUUGUCACCAGGCUUCUGAUGUUACAGAUGUUCAGUGUUCAGAGUGACAAGCGUAGCCGCACUUUACCUACGUAUUAUGACUUAUACGGUUUGAUUUUUUGUUUGUUUAUUAACAAAAUCCACUUGCUUUAUAAAGUCACUUUGCUCACACA